AUGUCACAUUCCAUUCACACCUCAUCUCGAAGCAGCACAGGAAGAACAGUGAAAUGUCCUUGUUGUAGUUCCUGGUGUCCCAUGCCUAGUCUUAAAACUCUGGUCUGUGGUGGAUGUAAUGCAACAAUCAUAUAUCAAAAGGACGAUCGAUCUGUUAAAUGUUAUCCAUGCAAACACGUCACACAUCCACAGGAAACGAAUGAUGGGGAUAGUUCAUUUUACCAGUUUGUUCCUCUUCAGAUUAAUCGGGUUGGUCCUCCUCAAGGUAACUGGGUUAUUUGUCAAGAAGUUAACCGGGUUCCUCCUCAGACUAACCGGGUUGUUCCUUCUCAAAACCUGGUUAAUCCUUCUAUAGUUAACCGGGUUGUUCCUCAAACUAACCCACUUAUUCCCCAUCAAGUUAACCGGAUUGUUCAUCCUCAGAUUAACCGGGUUAUUCCUCCUCAAGUCAAUCUGGUUAAUCUUUCUAUAGUAAACCGGUUUGUUCCUCAUAAUAACCGGGCUGUUCCUUCUCAAAUUAACCGGGUUAUUCCUCCUCAAAUUAACCAGAGGAAACGUAAAGCAAAUGCAGAAACUGAAUCAACUGCAACUUCUCCUUUUACCCCAAACCCUGAGAGUGAGAGCACAAGCGCCUUUGUAGCUGAUUACGUUGCUCGACUUGUGAGGGAUUGUGCUCCUGGAAUGAGAGCAAACAGGGGAGAAGUAAAAGAAGACAAGACAGAACCAAAACACAAGAAGACUAGUCCUGGUUCUCUGAUCGAUUGA